AUGACAUCUCAACCACUGCGACCAAUUUCCUACCGGAAUGACCCGCUGGGUACGAUCGGUUGUACGGGCCCAAUUCAUUCCGAAUACAAUUUCCUGGCAACAGGCAUUCCAAACGAGAAUGACCCAAGACCGAACUCAGUCACGAUCGACCCGGUCGCAUUACAUCUUCCUUGGAGAAACUCCUUCCCCGCAGCGCGACAGUGCCGAUUCUGGCGCGAGGCAGAAAAUGCCGGCAAGGCACUCCUCCAACAGAUCAAGCGGAUCAACCGUGCAAACAGCACCAAGGGUGGCUCGGCCAAGAUUGACACGAAUGAAGAGGAGAUGGAGCUCUCGAACAAAGAGGUGGAGCGAAUCGUGAACGCGUCGAGCGCGGCCGUGUAUAUGAACCCCAACUGUUCUUCCGAGGAGAUCGAGAUUAUCUCGCAGCUUAACCUGAUACUCUGGAUCCAUGAUGAUAUGUUUAUCCGCCUAGCUCAACAGAUGCUGCGCAUCGGCGGUCAAGGGGAAGGGCUUAUUCGGGGAUACCUAACGUGGAUGGCGUUCAUGCGGUCGACAAUGCGAGAUCGGUUCACUUCCCUCAGAGAUUAUCUCGACUACCGGGCGGUUGACAUCGGACGAGAAACUGAUCCCAUCCCCUCCGCCAGCUACAUCCUGGCCGCCGUGAAGUUCGGUAACGGAAUCCACCUCUCACCCGCUGAGGAGACACCGCUAGUCCCGUUGAUCGAAUGGGUCAUGGAUCACAUCAUCAUGACCAACGAUCUGUUCUCCUACGACAAGGAGCGACGCGACUCCGAGACGUGCGCGAACGCGGUCCGAUAUCUGGAGCAGGUCCUCGCCAUUGACGCAGGUUCCGCCAAAACACUUGUCAGCAGCCUGCUCACGCAGACAGAAGGUCGGAUCCAUGCGGAGAUGGAGAGUUUGUGUCGUUCGGGUGCGCUGAGUGAGGCGCAGAUCCGGUACGCACGGGGUGUGAUCGAAGCAGCGGCGGGCAAUGUGGUUUUCUCCAUCACCACGCGGAGAUACAGCCCUAUUGGGGCUGGCCACGCCAGUGGGACGAAAGGUUGA